AUGUUUAACUUUACAGGUCAGACGAAGAGACGAAAUGUCAAUUUGGGUACAUCAUCUAGAGCCUCUAAAAGGGACAUAUUACUAAAAGCCCAACAAGAAAGGGAAAGAAGAGCUGUUGAAAGGUUAGAGAAUGAUUCGAUAACGUUUAUUCAGAGUGUUAUUAGAAGGGAGUUGUCCAAUCGUGAGAUCUGUGGUGAUUGUGUUUCUAGACUUGGAGAGAUUGAUGUUUUGCAGCAUCUAUUACUUACUUUUGGUAAUAGACUGUUGAAAUAUGUUAAACAAGAGGAAUUGAAGAGAUGUUUGCAGGUGUCACAGCCUUAUAUUAGUAGUUAUUCGAAUGGAUUUGGGAAUUCUCAAAUGUUAUCUCUUUUAUCAGGUUUAGCAGAUGAUAAUAUAUUUCAAGAUAUUAUCAGUUGUUUUAACUUAUCCAUACCAUUACCGUCGCUUUUAAUUCAAAGUUUGAAGAGAUUUAUCUUAAGCACCACUUCUCUUUCCCAGGAAUCUUGUACAAUCAUCUGUGAUGUGAUUCAGAAAUGGUGCCAUUAUGAAAUGGAUAUUGUUGUUGAUCUCUACGAAAUAGAUUUAGGUUUGGCAGAAUCAUCAGAUUUAGUAAUACAAUUUUUCACAGCACUGGGAUCAAGAAAUAUAAUUCCUGGGAACCCUAGUAAUAGUUCUCUAUUUUUAGAGAACCUUUCAAUUGCAUAUCAGAGUUCUAAAGAUCUUAAAGAAAUUAUAUUAUUGGUAGCAAGGUGCUUUCAUAUCGUUAAAUAUGAAAAAGUCAAUGAAGUAACCAAAAAUUAUACUAAAACAUUAUUUGACGGGGAUUUUUGUGACAGACUAGUGACGCUAGUGGAGGAUAAAACUUAUGAUGAUAUUAAUGUUUCCACCUUGGUGUCAUUUGUCGAUUGUUCGGUGCUGUUUGGUAAAAAGGAUUCAAUUGUCAUUAAGCUUUUAUCAAGACCAAACUUUUUGGGGACUAUAUAUAAUACUCUACAAAAUUCUCAUCUGGAGGAAUACAAUGAUGAAAAUGUAAAGGAUUUAUUAUUCUUUAUACAUUUGUUGGAAACUUAUUUAUUGGUGACUACAGAUCACGAAUUGUUGAACAACUCUUCUACUUUUUCAAUUGGUAACUUGAUAGAGUUUUCCUCGAUGCUGAAAAAGUUUGUAUUUGAUCAGUUAUGGAGUGCCACAACAGUGAAAGAAGAGGUCAUGAUCACAGCAUUGUCUCUAUUAAGAAGAAUUUAUUUUAAAGAUUCAAGACUACAUUUCUGUACUUCAAAGGAAAAUCCACAGUUUUGGGUUAGUGAAGAUGAUUCAUUCUUAAGUGUCAAUGUCUUCAAAUAUCUAGACGAUUAUGAAAAAUUAUACAGAGAAUAUGCAGAUAAAAAAUUAGACAUCGAUGAUUCAAUUUCAUUUAAUUCUAAUAAUACUAUUUCUGAUAAAAUCAAGAUCUUUCAAAAAUUUAAGAAUUCAAAUACAACUUCUUAUAGUACAAGACAAUUCAAAAAGUUCGAAAUUCUUAUCAAGGCCCCAUUUUUUAUACCAUUUGACCAGCGUGUUGAUUUAUUUUAUACAUUUAUUGCUAUUGAUAAACAUCGUUUAAGUCUCGACAGUGAUAACAGCAUGCUUGAUCCUUUUUCGUUCAUGAUUUCAGAAUCAGCCCAGCCCAGAUCAUCAAUCACAAUAUCGAGAGAACAUGUAUUAGAAGAUGCAUAUGAAUCAUUUAAUCAAAUUGGUGAAAGAAUCAAAUCCAAGCUUUCUGUGACAUUUGUUAAUGAAUUCGGUCCUGAAGCUGGUAUUGAUGGCGGUGGUAUAACCAAAGAAUUUUUGACAAGUGUCUCAGAAGAAGGGUUCAAGAAUGAGAAAUAUAAAUUAUUUUUGACAAAUGAUAAACAUGAACUAUAUCCUAACUUGAAUUUAAAUCCAGUACAAUUGAAAUAUUUAUGGUUCUUGGGGAAAAUAGUUGGGAAGUGUUUAUAUGACAGAGUACUUAUUGACGUUAAAUUUACUGACUUCUUCGUUAAAAAAUUACUAAAUUAUUCAAAUCAUUUCUCAUCGUCAUUUGAUGAUUUAUCUAGUUUAGACUCUUCACUAUAUCAGAAUUUGGUCAAAUUAUUAACUAUGUCAGCUGCAGAAAUUGAAGAUCUGGAUUUGACAUUUGAAUUAACAGAUGAAUCUGAUGUAUCAAAGGUAGUCGAAUUAUUACCAAACGGGUCAUCAAUUAAAGUUAACAAGGGUAAUGUCUUACAAUAUAUAUUCCUAAUUUCAGAUUUUAAACUAAACAAAAGCCAAUUCAGACAAGUCUCUUAUUUCCAUGGUGGGAUGAGUAUGAUAAUUGCACCACACUGGAUGGAGAUGUUCAAUUCUGUUGAAUUACAAAUGCUGAUAUCAGGGGGUGAUAGAGAUAUUGAUUUAAAUGAUUUAAAACAAAAUACAGUAUAUGGUGGAUUUGAAGAAGGUGAUGUUACAGUUAAAAACUUUUGGGAAAUUCUAAAGGAAUUUGAACCUGAAGAACGUUUGAAUUUUAUUAAAUUUGUAACGUCGGUGCCAAGAGGACCAUUACAAGGGUUUGGCUCAUUAAAUCCAAAGUUUGGCAUAAGAAAUUCAGGGUCAGAUUCAGAUCGAUUACCAACUGCUUCUACCUGUGUAAAUUUGUUGAAAUUGCCAGAUUAUAAAGAUAAAAAAGUUAUGAAAGAGAAGUUAUUAUAUGCAAUUAAUUCUGGUGCAAGGUUUGAUCUAUCAUAA